AAACAUUCCAAAAAGGCAGGCAGAGGAUACGUUGCCGUGAAUUGGAAGUUCAUCCGUACACCACGUGAGACGCAAUGAUGAAACCUGCUCCAAUGGCGUCCCCCCGCCCCUCUCUCUAAAAUCUACACCUAGUCCUCUCCCCUUCAUUUCUACACACAGUCUCCUUCCUUUAAACACACACACACAUAAGUUUGAAGAAUUGAAGUUUUAGAAGAACAAUCAACAAUGUACAAGUGUAAGCUCUACGAAUUAUGCCAGAAGAACGGAUGGCAAAAACCAGCUUAUUCCUGCAAAAAAGACGGCAAAGACCACAACCCACUUUUCAAAGCUUCAGUCGUCGUCAAUGGAGUCACUUUUGCUUCUCGAUCCUUCCUCAAAUCUUCCAAAUCCGCCGGAAACGAUGCAGCCGAAGUCGCUUUCACUCACUUCACUACGUCUUCUUACUCUUUUUGUUCUGGUUCAGGUGACGUAAGCAAGACCGGUGAGGCUGGUCUGCUCGUUUCGCCGGAAGAGAAUAUGACGUCGGUGACGGUGGCAACGACGGCGACACCUCUUGAUCAGUCUCAUUCGUCGAUCGAAGAGGGUGAUGAGAACAAGUCUAUGGAGAGUUACUUGUUAUGCAACGAGGUGAGAGUGUACACAUCCAUUCCUGUUACUGUUUUGCCUAAGGGAAAUGUUGUGCUACCCAUCGGAGAAGACAAAUGGGCUGUUGUGAGGUUGGAAUCUGCGUAGCAAAUUAGGAACAUAAUUUAGCGUUUUGUGUUGUUUUGAUAUUAUCACAAUUUGAAGACGUGUCUUGGAAAUAUUUUGGAAACAAUGGAAAUUUCGUAGUUAUAUAUGUUAGAUG